AGCUCCCCCAUCUCCGGCAGAGAAAGGCGAAAGCCCAAAAAUAUCACCAUGGCUAUCCUCGCCGUCGCCUCCCCGCUCAAAACCCUAAACCCUAGCCCCGCGGACCCCCGCCGCAGGCGCCUCUCAUAUUCCCUGCUCCGCCUCCCGCCGCCGGUGCCACGAGGGCGCCGCCUCUGGUGCUCCGCGCAGUACGGCGAGACCGCGGCACCGCCCACGACGACGCCGCGGCCGGCGGAGAUACCCUGGAGCAGGGAGCUCUGCAACUCGGUGCGGCUCAUCGGGACGGUGGGCACCGAAGUCGAGCUGCGGCAGCUGCCCAGCGGCUCCGCCGUCGCGCGGGGGCGCCUCGCCGUCUGGAAGUCGGCCACCGAGACUACAUGGGUGACUCUACAGUUUUGGGAUGAUCUCGCCCUUGUGGCCUCUGAGCAUGUGAAGAAGGGUGACCGGAUAUUUGUUUCUGGACGGCUUGUGUCAGAUACUGUUGAUGAGGGGCCUGAGAAGCGGCAUGUUUACUACAAGGUUGCAGUUCAACAGUUGAAUUUCAUCGAGUCCAUGCAGCCAGUUCGGUUGUAUGAACCAGAGGCAAGCGAUGAUAACCCAGGUGGAAGCCGUGGUGGUUAUUUUGAUUCUACCUCUAGUUCAUCUGAGGAUAAGAAUAGGGAUAAUAUCAGUUCGUCCUCUCGAUCAACUGAAGAGCUGUGGCAAGCCUUCUUUGCUAAUCCACUUGACUGGUGGGAUAACAGGACAAAUAAGAAGAACCCAAGGUAUCCAGACUUCAAGCAUAAGCACACUGGAGAAGCACUGUGGGUUGAUGGGAGGAACAACCCCAACUGGGUUAUAUCUCAGCUGGCAGUUCUGGACUCAAGAAUGGGUUCUCUGCAAGACAAUGAGAGAAAACCAGUCUCCUAUAUGUACGCUGACGACUUCAUGACACUGGAUGGCAGCCGAUAGUCUCCAUGGAGGAGGAAGCCUCGCACACUCCAUUCUACAGUUCGGCUAACUGUUAUGUCGAAAGCGUGUUAUCGGGGUAGUCCAUGAGUGCUGUCACAGUUUUGUACUUUUGAUGUACAUAUCUGGGCUCUGGAAGGUUUAUCACGGAUGUGGACGUGCGGUGGUCCGUAGUAUUUUGUAGUAGCCUCUAGUGUAGUUAUGGCAAACAUAUAAACAGAAGUCGUUUGGCACAUCGUAAAACGUAGGUUGGUUGAGUGUGAUCUUGUUUGUGACAUGAUCUUUUACCUCCGACGGUGAAACUAUACUGUUGCACUGAGUUGACUUGUGAGUUGUGACCACUCGUGAAGAAGUAAACUGGGGGCACUUAUAUUUUA